AACCAAAAUAUUGCGUAAACAAACGAAUCGCCGAGUCUUCUCUAUUCAUCUUUUAAUAUUCAUGGUAGUUAUCAGAGUGGAAUCAGUUUUUAGUACAUAUAGUUAAUAUUUUUGCGGGGAUAGCGUAAUCAUUACGGUUCCCAUAGGUUCCGGUUUGGAAAAUUUUCGCACAAUAAAGCAUUUCAGAAUCUUCGAUCUCCAAGAACGAUAGAAUCCUUUAUCGGUAAACAUGGUUGUGGGUGCAUUUCCAGCCGCCAAGUUAGGCGUGCUUGCUAUGAAGCAAAUCUCGAAACCAAUUGCGAAUCUGUUGAAGGAACGUGCCAAAAAUAGUCCAUUCUUCCGAAAGUACGUUUGCAUGCCACCGGCUCAAUUCUACAACUGGAUGGAAGUCAAAACCAAGAUGUGGGCUAUGAAUCUCGGCAAACCGACUCAGGUUCCGGUACUAAACGAAGCUAUGGCUAUCGACCUAGGCGCCAAUCUCCUAGGAGAGAUUAUUAUUUUUACCAUUGGUGCCGGGUUGCUACUUCUAGAAUAUCAACGACAAGUUCGUAAGGAAGCUUCGAAAGAAGAAAUGGUGCUCCAGGAAAAAUUAGAACUUCAAUCUACUAUCAACGAGUUGAUAUUCCAGGUUCAACGGCAGGAUACUCAAAUUAGAGAAAUGGCGCGCGUUGUAGCCGAGCUAGAAUCCAAGAACUCGUGGACCCCAAAAAUUAUUUCGGAGUUAACCGGGAGAAAAAGCAGUUCCGAGCAGCCGCUAUAUAUUCCAGUUUCACCAUAUCCAACAAGUAAUGGUGGUCUAGUAACAAAGGCGUUGAAUGUUAUUGAAAAUGAAGUGUUUUAUAGCCCAGACGAGGACCCAUCGGAAAGCAGCAGGACCGAAUCUGACAGACAAGCUGGCAUCGUCUCGGAAGCUUUAAACUAUUUACUCAAAGGCAACGAAAGGGGCCGAUAGAACUAUUGAAUAAAGUAAUAGUAGCGCUUUCAUACUACGUUGCUGUUUUAUGCAUUAAAGACACAUAAUGUAUGUUUUGUACAUAGCUAAUUAUUCAGCUUUCCUAGGUGAACUUUCAAUAAACAUUUGUUCAAAAGUGG